GUGCACAUUCACAGGCUGGCUACUGCAAGGAGAGAGAAACAGGGAGACAGAAGAGAGUGUGGGAAAGAGGAGAAAGCAAGAAAAAGAGGGGGCAACUGCCUGGAGAAAGGAGUGAAAGAGGAGAGGGAAAGGAAAGGGAGAGGAGAAGGCAAAAGGAAGCAGAAACAGUCUCCGAUCAAAAAAAGGAAGACCAAGAAAUAGAAAUGUCAUUGCUCCUGUGGCUGGGGUCCCAGCUGUCACCCAGCUGGAGCAACAUCUCCGUACUGGGAGUUUUCUUUACAGUCUUUACUUUACUUCUUGACUUCAUGAAGCGCAGGAGGCAGUGGAGCCGUUACCCCCCCGGCCCAGUGUCGCUGCCAUUCAUUGGGACCAUGCUAUAUGUGGACUUCCAAAACCCCCUCCUCUCCUUUAAGCAGCUUCGUGAGAAGUUUGGAAAUGUCUUCAGCCUCCAGAACUGCUGGAGCAACCUGGUAGUACUGAAUGGGUAUAAAUCAGUGAAGGAAGCCCUGGUCCACAAAUCAGAGGACAUUGCUGACCGGCCAUACUUUGCAAUGUAUGAACAUUUGGGCUACGGAGUCAAGUCUGAAGGGAUUGUUUUCGCAAGAUAUGGGCGCGCCUGGAAGGAGCUAAGGAAAUUCACGUUCUCUACGUUGAGGAACUUUGGGAUGGGAAAGAAACCCUUGGAGGAGCGAUUGGUGGAGGAAGCGAGAUUUCUGUGCUCUGCAGUGAAUGAUGAAGAAGGUCGCCCUUUUGAUAUACAUUGUGCUGUAAAUAAUGCAGUCUGCAACGUGAUCUGCACCAUUGUCUAUGGAGAGCGUUUUAACUACGGUGAUGAGGCAUUCAAGAAGCUGUUAAAAUUGUUUCAAGAUGCCCUGAAAGAAGAUUCUGGAUUCCUGCCUCAGCUUCUUAACGUGGUGCCCAUUCUGUCACGCAUCCCAGGACUGUCACAGAAAGUCUUUCAAGCGCAAAAGGGGGUAAUGGACUUCGUAGAUGUGCUCAUAAAAAAGCAUAUGGAGACUUGGAACCCUGCUCACAUCCGAGAUUUCACUGAUGCGUUUUUAAAGGAAAUGGAGAAGGGUAAGGAGGCUGAAGAGAAUGGUUUCCACUUCAACAACCUUCGUCUGGUGACUGCAGAUUUGUUUACAGCUGGUUCUGAGACUACCUCCACCACUCUCCGGUGGGCAUUUCUGUACAUGCUUCUCUACCCUGAAGUACAGAGUAAGGUCCAUGCAGAGAUUGACAAGGUGAUUGGCAGAGACAGAUCACCCACCAUGGAGGACCAAGGGAGCAUGCCCUACACAAAUGCUGUGAUCCAUGAGGUGCAACGCUGCGGGGAUGUCGUUCCUAUUGGACUACCUCACAUGACAUAUCGGGACACCGAGUUGCAAGGCUUCUUCAUUCCGAAGGGGACAACAGUCAUCACAAAUUUGUCUUCCGUGCUGAAGGAUGAGUCAGUCUGGGAGAAGCCAAAUGAGUUUUACCCCGAACACUUUCUAGAUGCGGACGGACGAUUUGUGAAACCAGAUGCCUUCCUGCCUUUCUCAGCAGGUCGCCGUGUCUGCCUGGGAGAACAGCUGGCUAGGAUGGAGCUCUUUAUUUUCUUUACCACUCUCAUGCAGAAAUUCACCUUUGUGCUCCCUGAGGACCAGCCCCGGCCACGGAUAGAUAGUCACUUUUCCUUCUUAAACACCCCGCACCCAUACCAGCUGAAAGCUGUCCCAAGAUAAGUGCACACCGCUUUCCUUUAGCUCAGAGGCCACCACCAAAGCAAAUUCUGUCAGAAAUGUUGCAGGUCUAGACUGGAUCCUGCCAGGUUCUACUCCAGACCUCUCAAGUCUGUGCAGAUGUUCCCAGUAAGGAUUUGACACAAUACACAGUUUAGCUUAAUUCCAGUCCUAGAUCUUGAAUCAAACAGUCCCAGCAAGUUAAAAAUGAUGCUCAAGUUUGCAAGACCUAAUUAGCCAGCUCUGCUGUACUUUGGGCUCUCACUGGUCACAGAGCAGUUCACUGAGCACACGGUUACUGAAUGAAUUAUUAGCCAUGAACUAGUUUACAGAAAUACAAGACUAUCCUGAGGUCUUGUCUAUUCUAGGAGCGAAAAAGAACUUGGAAAAAAACUGUAAGUACUCCUGACCAGCUCCCUUCCCUGUUAGCCCCACUGCAUAUCCAGCCUCUCUGCCUUCCCUGCAGUGCCGUCCCACAGCAUCAUGUGCCUCUGCCUGGUGCUCACGGCAGUCCAGCUCUGGCUUGGUUCCUGCAAAAACAAUCCACUGCCCAUCAGCUGAUUCGGCUUGAGCUGUUGGUGGGCAGGAAGAGAGCUUCAGCUCCGACGACAAGGUGACAUUUCAGGGCAGUGCUCCUGAAAAAUCUUACCUUCCGAUAAACACACAUCCCCUUCUUCCCAUCCUAUUUAUUGCUUACUUAUUGCACACACCUUGCAAUACCUUAAUUUAUACCCAAUGGAUGUCAAUUUUAAUCCAGACAAAUGCCUGACAACCCUUAUGUUACUCUAUGCUUCCUAUACGAGUAAAUAUCAAGG